CCCGCUCAUUUACCCUCCUUGCCCUUUCUCUCUCUUCACUCUUUCUCUCUCUUUCCAUAUUUCUACCCCUCUCUCUCUCUAAAUCCUGCAGAUCUAACCUCCCCGUUAUCCCUCACCAAACACCCCAUCCUCUUCUCUCUCUCUUUCUCUCUCUUCUCUCUCACCUCGGGCCACUGUGUUUCCCUUACCAAACUCUCUCUCACUAACCUCCUCUUUCUGGGGAAAACCCUCUUUCUCUCUCUAGCCCUACCCUCUUACCCUCCGUCACAUCUUUCUCUCUAUACAUUUUCUAGGAUUCUCUCUCUACACACUAUAACUUCCUUUUAACUCCCCCAGUCUCUCUGUCUUCGUCUCUCUCUCUCUCUAGGAGUGUUUCACAUCCCUCUCAACGCUCUUUACUGUCUAACCCUCCCCUUCUCUCUCUACACUCUCUAGCCCUCACUUUCCUGUCCUCUCCACUCCUCUCUUUUCCGUCUACAUUCUCUCUCUAGCUUUCCCAAAUCCCCACUUUCUCUCUCUCUCUCUCUAGGCUUCCAUGGAGGAGGCGCUGGAGAUGGCGCAGGCGAAGGAUACGAAGGAGCGGAUGGCAGGGGUGGAGCUCCUCCAGCAGCAUCUCGAGAACUGCCGGAAGCCCCUGCCAGCGGCACAAGUGACCCAAUUGGUGGACUGCUGCAUGGAUCUGCUCAAAGACAACAACUUUAGGGUUUCCCAGGGCGCACUCCAGGCCCUCACCUCCGCUGCUGUCCUCUCGGGCGAACAUUUGAAGCUCCAUUUCAAUGCCCUCCUGCCGGCAGCCGUCGAGAGACUUGGUGAUGCAAAGCAGCCUGUAAGGGAUGCAGCUCGCCGCCUCCUCAUUGCUCUUAUGCAGGUAUCUUCACCCACAAUCAUUGUUGAAAGAGCUGGGAGUUAUGGUUGGACUCAUAAGAGUUGGAGGGUUCGUGAAGAAUUUGCACGGACAGUCUCAUCCGCAAUCCAUCUUUUUGCAGCAACUGAGCUUCCAUUUCAACGGGUUUUACUUGCUCCAGUGCUGCAAUUGUUGAAUGACUCAAAUAAUACUGUGAGAGAAGCAGCUGCAUCAUGUAUUGAGGAGAUGUAUAUGCAGGUGGGACCACAAUUUCGUGAUGAAUUGCAGCGGCAUCAUCUUCCAUCCUCAAUGGUGAAAGAGAUAAAUGCCAGACUGGAGAAGCUAGAACCUAAGGUUCGUGCGUCGGAUGGGCGUACAACGCAAUUUGGUUCUGCUGAAAUGAAGCCUGCAGUUGUUCCUACAUUUAGCCAGAAAAAAAGCAGUCCGAAAACCAAGAGUGUUGCACGUGAAACAUCUGUCUUUGGAGGUGAGAGUGAUGUUGCAGAGAGACCUAUGGACCCAGUAAAAGUGUAUUCUGAGAAGGAAUUGGUUAGAGAAUUUGAGAAGAUUGCUUCCACACUUGUACCAGAACAAGAUUGGUCAGUCAGGAUAGCUGCCAUGCAGAGAGUUGAAGGCCUUGUUUUUGGAGGUGCCACAGACUAUCCAUCUUUCACUACGUUGUUGAAGCAGUUGGUCGGUCCCUUGAGCAUUCAGCUUUCAGAUCGACGUUCAAGCAUUGUGAAACAGGCUUGCCAUUUGUUAUGCUUAUUAUCAAAGGAGCUUUUGGGAGAUUUUGAGGCUUGCGCGGAGGUGUUUAUCCCGGUGCUUUUUAAGCUUGUUGUGAUAACAGUACUUGUAAUUGCGGAGUCUGCAGACAAUUGCAUUAAAACGAUGUUGCGUAAUUGUAAAGUUGCACGUGUACUUCCACGAAUUGCUGAUUUUGCGAAGCAUGACCGAAGUGCAGUCCUCCGUGCCAGGUGCUGUGAAUAUGCACUAUUAAUUCUUGAAUACUGGGCUGACGCACCUGAAAUACAGCGGUCAGCUGACCUUUAUGAAGAUCUUAUAAAAUGUUGUGUUGCAGAUGCUAUGAGUGAGGUACGUUCAACUGCAAGAACCUGCUACAGGAUGUUCACAAAAACUUGGCCUGAGCGUUCUCGACGCCUGUUUUUAAGCUUUGAUCCUGUCAUCCAGAGGAUAAUAAAUGAGGAAGAUGGGGGCAUCCACAGAAGAUAUGCUUCUCCUUCUCUCCGAGAGAGGGGUGUGCAGCAACUGCGAGUUCCAUCUCAGCCUCCUGCCUUAUCUAAUUUGCCUGGAUAUGGAACUUCUGCUAUUGUUGCAAUGGAUAGAAGUGCAUCAAUAGCUGCAUCUGGGCCCUCUCUUUCGUCUGGUAGUGCGCUUGUCUCGCAGAUGAAACCUCAGGGUAAGGGUACUGAAAGAAGCCUUGAGAGUGUUCUGCAGGCAAGCAAACAACAGGUCUCCGCCAUUGAAAGCAUGCUGAGAGGUCUAGAUAUCUCUGAGAAACAAAAUUCUCUGUCGACCUCAUGCCCUUCUAGUUUGGAUCUAGGAGUUGACCCUCCAUCAGCUCGUGAUCCACCUCUUCCUGCUGCUGUCCCUGCUAGCAAUCAUCUCACCCAUGGUUCUGGAUUUUCCAAUUCAGCUGGAGCUAACAUUGCCAAAGGUAGCAUUAGAAAUGGAACCCCAGGUCUAACUGAUUUGACAUCUCAACUUCCUGCCUCCAAAGAACAUAACAAGUUAUCAUAUUUAAGUAAUCUGGCAUCGGAUCCCUUGUCCACUCUAUCUUACACUGCAAAGAGAGUUCCUAUCUCUUCUGAGAGAUCUCUAGAGAUCAGUACUUUUGAAGACAAUGUCGACAUUCGACCAACUAGGCGUAUUUCAAAGUCAGACAUGUACACUGAUAGGCAUUUCCUUGAAACAUCUUACCGAGACGUUGGUUCUAGGGAUUCACAGAACCAUCAUAUCCCCAAUUUCCAGAGGCCCCUUCUAAGAAAACAUGUAGCUGGGAGAGCUUCAGCGAGUGGAAGAGCCAGUUUUGAUGAUGGUCAGUUCCCAAUAGGGGAGAUGUCUCACUAUACAGAUGGUCCAACUUCACUCAUUGAAGCCCUGACUGAAGGUCUGAGCCCUAGCUCUGAUUGGAAUGCUAGGGUUUCUGCUUUUAAUUAUGUUCGGUCAUUGCUUCAACAAGGAGCAAAAGGCACACAAGAGAUCUUACAGAGUUUUGAAAAGGUUAUGAAGCUGUUCUUCCAACAUCUGGAUGAUCCCCAUCACAAAGUGGCUCAGGCUGCUCUUUCUACACUUGCAGAGCUUGUCCCUGCUUGUAGAAAACCAUUUGAAAGUUACCUCGAGAGGAUUUUACCCCAUGUUUUUUCUAGGCUAAUUGACCCAAAGGAGCUUGUUAGGCAACCUUGUUCAACAGCAUUGGAAAUUGUUGGUAACACAUAUAGCAUUGAUUCUUUGCUUCCUGCUUUACUUCGUUCACUUGAUGAGCAGCGCUCCCCCAAGGCUAAGUUGGCUGUAAUUGAGUUUGCCAUUAGUUCUUUUGAUAAACUUAUGAAUAGUUCGGAAGGUGCUGCCAAUAGUGGAAUGCUGAAGUUAUGGCUUGCCAAGGUGGCACCUUUGGUCAAUGAUAAGAACCCUAAACUUAAGGAGGCUGCUAUUACAAGCAUUAUUUCGGUUUAUUCUCACUACGAUUCCAUUUCUGUUCUGAACUUUAUCCUUGGGUUAUCUGUUGAAGAACAGAAUGCUUUGAGGCGAGCCCUUAAACAGUAUACACCUCGUAUUGAGGUUGAUCUCAUGAAUUUCCUGCAAAUGAAGAAAGAGCGUACUCGUUCAAAAUCAUAUUAUGACCAACAAGAUGUUGUUGGUACGUCCUCUGAAGAAGGAUAUGUGGUGUCUUCAAAGAAAAGUCAUUUCUUUGGUAGGUAUUCUUCAGGGUCUAUUGACAGUGAUGGAGGAAGGAAGUGGAGUUCAAUGCAGGAAUCCAUACAGAUAGGAGCCUCAAUUGCUCAGACAGCCUCUGAUGAACCGCAAGACCAGUACUAUCCAAAUUUUGAGGCUGGAUCAAACACUGAAGACGUGCUUUUGAGUUUACGAAACAAGGAUUCUAAAAACAGUGUUAAUGCUUCUAUACAAAGGACGGGUUCAUGGGGUGAGCAUCUAGUUUCUGAAAAUGUCAAUCGCAGUUUAGAGUUUGAGAAUUCUAUAGGAACACCACGCCUUGUUGAUCUCGGAUAUGUAAACUCAGACGGAAAAGGAGCUUUAGGGGACAAGCUUGACAGUGAAGUUCAUCCUGAUGGUGACCAGAAUCACGAGAAGGCAAUUGUACUGAAAAUCAAUUGUGUACCAGAAUCUGGCCCUAGCAUUCCUCAAGUUCUACACCAGAUUUGCAAUGGGAAUGAUGAAGAAUCAUCUGUAAGAAAAAAUGAGGCUCUUCAACUAUUACUUCAAGUUUCCCGGCAGAACAAUCCUUCUGUGUGGACCAAGUACUUCAAUCAGAUAUUGACAGCCGUACUUGAGAUUUUAGACGAUCCCGAUUCAUCUAUCAGGGAGCUGGCGCUUUCUUUGAUAGUUGAAAUGCUCAACAAUCAGAAAGAAACCAUGGAGGAUUCUGUUGAGAUCGUCCUCGAAAAACUACUUCACGCCACCAGGGAUGUGGUUCCAAAGGUUUCAUCGGAAGCUGAUCACUGUUUGACAAUCGUUUUAUCACAAUACGAUUCAUUUAGAUGCCUUACGGUCGUCGUACCUUUAUUAGUCAGUGAAGAUGAGAAAAUGCUGGUUACUUGUAUCAACUGUUUGACAAAGCUUGUGGGGCGUCUUUCACAAGAGGAACUGAUGGGUCAGUUACCUUCAUUUUUACCUGCGCUGUUUGAUGCGUUUGGAAACCAGAGUGCUGAUGUUCGGAAGACUGUCGUAUUCUGCUUGGUUGACAUUUAUAUCGUGCUGGGAAAAGCUUUCCUGCCAUAUUUGGGUGGGCUUAGUAGCACUCAGCUGCGCUUAGUUACCAUCUAUGCGAAUCGCAUAUCACAGGCGAGAACAGGUACAGCAAUAGAUGGAAAUCAAGUUUAGAGAGAGCGAGAGAUGAUGACAGCACUGGAAGAGAAGAAGGAAUAUCCCCUUUUCAUUGGGUGUCCAUUCCUUGGCAAGCAUUAGGCAGUAAUUUGUGAUUGUGGGUUUGUAUAGUUUGUUCAUAGUUGAUUGGGUUUUGAGGGUGGUUUAGAGUUUCAGGUCAGAGGUCAUUAAGAUUCAUCUUGUGAAAAUUGUAACCAUAUGCGUCUCCUUUCCCUAUAAAAAAUUGGGUUCGUUGGGGGUACAUAAUUGAUAACAGGGGCAUUGCUAAUGGUGGGUCCUUUUCAAAGUCUUGGUGAGUGCUUGUUUGUAGUGGUUGCGGCCGGGGAAAUGAGACUUCAUUAUGUUGGGGGUUUGAAGCGUUUGGGUUUUCUUAUGUAUGUGAUGAUGUUAUAUGAAGUAAGGUCCUAUUGUUGGUUGCCCAACUCUUGUGAUUGAUCUCUGCUAUUUUUUGGGAGUGUAAGUUGUUGAUCCUUUGGUGAACUGAUGGCCUUUGUAUGAACUGUUUGUUUUUGGUGUUUGGGAAGUGUGGCUGGUGCUCUCUUUAAGAAACAUUCAAGCAGGUUCAGGGCACAAAAUAUUGAGUUAUAUGUUUGUAGUGGAGCGUUCCAAACUGAUGAUGAUGCGGUUGUUGAUAGAUCAGGUUUAAAAAUGGUAAUAUAAAUUAUUAUGUACUUCAUAAAA